UGAUAUUAACAUUCCUUUCCCAGUAUCAUAAAAACCAAAUAGUAGCAUUAAACUACAAACAGAAAUCAUUACACAAGUGGUAACUGACAAAUACACAAAGGAAUUGUCAUAGCGUUUUAAGAUGUGAACAGUCCCAGAAAUGACGUAAAACCGAACAGCUACCACACACAACAGUUAGUCUUGGCCACGCGCAGAUACUGAGCCAGUGACGAAGGCACGUACUUUACGUGACCUUUAACCCGGAUUCAAUUCCGGAGAGUUAUGGACGCUGUCGACCUGCCGAUCUUUGUGUAAAUAGAGAAGCGGACGGUUUGUUUUGCCAUAAUAAUAACUGACGGAAAGAGGCCGCUGUGACCUGUUGCCAGAGUAUGAAGUUAACGUAUAAAUAUUACUGCAAUUGAGCGGCAAAAUGUCCAUGGAGGAUCCAUUUUUCGUCGUCAAGGGAGAAGUGCAAAAGGCUGUGAAUACAGCCCAGAGCCUACACCAGCGAUGGAGCGAGCUGCUGCAGGAUCCAGCCACUGCUUCCAAGGAGGAGGUGGACUGGACCACCAACGAGCUGAGGAACAGCCUAAGGUCCAUUGAGUGGGACUUGGAGGACCUAGACGAAACAAUCAGCAUUGUGGAGUCUAACCCCAGGAAGUUCAAUCUGGAUACUCUGGAGCUCAACAAACGGAAAGCUUUCAUCGCAAGCACUCGUCAGACUGUGAAGGAAAUGAAGGACAGUAUGUCUAGUCCAAUGGCCCAAGUGAUGACAGACAAGAACAGGCAAAUUGGAAGAAAGACUUUACUGGGAGAUAGUGGGUUGCGUGGUCCAGUGUGGCAGUCAGCGACAGACAAGUACAGUCGGUUGGAUCGGGAGCUACAGACGGCAAACUCUCAAUUUAUUGAGGAGCAGCAGUCUCAACAACAGCUGAUUGCAGAGCAGCAGGAUGAGCAGCUAGAGCUGGUAUCCGGGAGCAUAGGUGUGUUAAAGAACAUGUCCCAGAGGAUUGGCCAGGAGCUGGACGAGCAGGCAGUGAUGCUAGAUGAUUUUUCUCAUGAGAUGGAUAAUACACAGUCUCGGUUGGACAAUGUCAUGAAGAAGCUGGCUAAAGUUUCUCAUAUGACCAGUGACAGGCGGCAGUGGUGUGCAAUCGGUGUUCUUCUGGCCAUUCUGUUUGUGGUCCUCAUCCUCUUCUUUGUUCUGUGACAUCAGUGCCCUCCAAGCACCAUCUCACCCACCUGCCUGGCUGCAUCUUACAGUCUCUCACUGUCAGUUGUGUAUGACAGUGAAAUUAUUCUAGGGGACUUGAAAAAGAGUAAUGGUUUCCACAGACUUAAGACUAGGGUAAUGGUUCUUUUCCAGAAACCUUCAUGCCAUACAAACUGGUAUCUGGUAUUUUUUAUUUCCUGUGUUUGGCACCAGUUUAGGAAUGAACCAAAACCUUAAAUUCAGUACAUACUCUGUAGCAUAAACUUCAGAAACCACCUUAGUAUUCAAAACAACAAUGUCCACCACAAGACUUGGCCUUUUUAUCUGUAAUUGUGACGUAUUCAACCUUGUUCUGGCAAGGUUUUACCUGCAUUUUGUAACAUUUCAGAAGACAGUGCAGAUGUUUGCAGUCUUCUGAGUCAGAAAAUGUCUCUAUUAUGUUGUGGCUAAAAUCACUCUUGAAGUCCUGUUUUACUGGAUAAUUUCAUAGAUAGUUGGAUUUUUAGAGACAUAAAUUAGAAAAAUUCCAAAUUAAGCUGCCACUUCUUCCACAGAACAGUAGUCACAAGAGCAUGGUCCUGGUUCUUUUUCUUUCAUGUACUGUAAUUCCAGCCAGUGAAAGCUGAGGCUUUAAGUUCUGAAGGGUGUGUGUGUGUGUGUGUGUGUGUGUGUGUGUGUGUGUGUGUGUGUGUGUGUGUGUGUGUGAGAUGAAACACUGGAGUAAAUGACAAGAAUAGUGUCCCUGCUAUUCUAUGGAUAAAUCACUAACCACAAUGACAUUUAUUCUAAUGUUUAUGAUUUUUUUUUUGUUGGAAAUUGUAAUAAUGUAAUGCAGUUAAGACUAAAGUACUGAAAAAAAAAAGACGUACAUAAUAAAUCGAUGCCUACGCUAACCAUAGCUGUAAGGAAAUAUGAUUUUUUUUUU